AUGAAAAGUGCCGUCGACUCGGCCUCUCAUUUGCUGCGUGUCUCACAUCACGACAGACAGGCCUUCACUGUAUUGUCAGAACCGUAUUGUUGUUGCAGUGCAGGCAUCGGCAACGGCUUCCUGUUAUCUCCUAUCGACCCCACUAUGGCUUCCAAUUACGAGGGAUUCCCUGCCGUUGCCUUUUUUGAGAGUGAGUUCGAGAUUGUGUUCACACGUAUUGCCAAAAGAUGGUAUAGCGAGGAGUGGAAUAGUAAUAGCGUUAUAGCGAUGCGAAUAUUGCAACGGACAGCGUUAGAGUCAGAGACGCCUCAACUCGAUUUAUCCCUAUCUAAACACAUGACUAGUGGCCGAACAAAGACCCGCAAAAACAAUACUCCCGCACACUAUGAACCAGUGGUCCACUCAAGUGUGGACUCACUAUCUCUCGACCCGACCACUCAUGCCUUAAUGCCGUCGCGCAGUAGUAUCUCAUCAUUGCUUUCAUUGAGUCACUUAAGGUUAUGGGAGAAUCCAAUGACAGCCUCUGCCAUCUCAGCGGCCGCUGCCAUGUCUCACAUGUCUCACCUCAUGGACAUCAACCACACCACCAAUUCAUCAGCAUUUGGGUCAGUGAUCACACAUGGACUCAAACCGAAUCGCAUUCACGGUCUUCUCAUGUCAUCCAAGAAACGAAAAUCAAAACACUUUAGUCAGAAUUGUGAACAACCGCUCGACGUCUCGGUAACUAAGGGUCGGAAGAAACGAGUGGAUGACUGCCACUCACCCAAACAUGAAGACAAAAACAAGAUCUCUUACCAAACGAAAGAAGCGAUUAAUUCCAUAAACACUAAUGCAUUCCCGUGUAGUUCAUGUCAUAAGACAUUUGCCACUGAAGUCGACUUAAAGGCACAUCUCAUGAGACACUUGACUCAACACCCAUUCAAUUGUGAAGACGAGACCAGUAUUGAUGGCGAACACAGCGAUGAGGCCAUCGAUGACGACAACGAGGACGAGAACCAGACCAAGAGUGAGAGCGUGGAUAUGGGCGCCCCUCCUCUCAAUAUAGGCGCCCGAAGUAUACAAAUCAAGUCCGAGAAACUGUUGAUAACGAUGUUAGAGGGCAUUCAUCCGGUGACAGAACAAAGUUACGUGUUGUACAAGUGCUGUCUCUGCGGGUUUGCAUUUCCGAGCUUAGAACCAGUUGUGUUGCAUCUUCAGGCCAGUCAUCUCAACGCUAACAAAGAGUUCACUUGUGAUAAAUGUGGGGCUAAUUUCAAAUGGAGGAGUGAACUCACUCUUCACGAACAGCUCCACAAAGCGAUGGAUCACAACGACAAAAGUGGUGGUCAUCUAUCGAUUCCGUCUUUCAUACAUCCGAGUCUCGUACUCAUGGGUGCGGACUUUGGACACAAUCUAUCGCCCAAUCAUUCAUUUGAAAACAACAACAAUAAUAAUAACAAUUUAUUUAUUAACAAUAAUAAUAACUGUUUAUCCGAAGGAAUGUCUGUUUGUGACGAUAAACACAAUCAAAACCAUUACAGAUCGCACAAGAAAUCUAUUUUACAAAACAAAUCAAUUAAAUCCAAACCAGAAUCACAACAUUCCUCUGAUAUGAAAGUUAAAGUCAUUAAAGACAUGCAAAAUGUGGUACAAUUGUCGCACAAAUUCCCUCAAGGAAUCGGUGACAUCGAGGAGACCUCUCCGGGACAGUUCAAGUGCCGCUUUUGCGACAAAACAUUUGACCGAAUCUUCUCUGUCCACCGGCACGAGAGGGUUCACACCGGCUUCAAGCCCUGCAUCUGCAAGACAUGCGGUCGCGGCUUCAGCGAGAAGAGGAAUCUCAGACACCAUAUAAUCCGCUUUCAUAGCGACGGAAGUGGACGCGAAUUACUCAAAAGGAAUCGAAAGGACAAGAAUAAC